AGAUUUUUGACGAUGCAUCUUUGCCAGGGGGCUAUCGUGGCUCUCUUUUUCGUUGUAGCCCGUGUGAUAAAAGCGUUCAUGUGCCGCUCUCUUUUGGUUCAGGAAUGAGGUUAUUCUUUUCUCCUCAGGCUUGUCGAGGUCUCGAGUUCAUUCGUGCAUUCUCUCUCCAUCCCACACAGAACAGUCGUUCGUUUCAUUCGCUGCAUCUCUCAUCCUUGACUUUUUUUAUCCACGUCAAUUACUUUCGUUUAUAUCAUCACCAAACUUUACAUUCGUUGGGAACAUCUCUCCAUCAUACAAAUCACAAUGCGUUUCUCAGAGUUCAUGAUCGUGCCUCUGCUGGCAGCGGCCGUCGAGGCUCGCGCCUGCAAGGCAAAGAGGCCAACUACUGCGGCCUUUGCUACCACCACCGUAGCCACUUCUACUUCUCCCGUAGCCGCUUCUACUUCUCCCGCAGUCACUUCGACUGCUGUUGCCGCCAGCUCUACGGUCGCUGGUGUUUCGUCUGCCUCGUCGGCAAUUUCUUCCCUUUCUUCGUCGACUUCUUCUGCUUCCUCUACCGAGGCCGCCUACACCUCCACUUCGGCCCCUCCCAAGCCCACCACCACCUCCACGCCCCCUUCGGCCCCCACAACCCUCACAACCGCUGUAUCCUCCAGCGCCAAGCCCACAUCCGCCAAGCCUGCGCCCACUUCUGCGCCGUACCGCGCCUACCCAGCCGACGUUGUCGACAAGCUCCGCGAUUCGAGCAUUGCCAACCUUGAGAGCUUCACCAAGCGCAACCCAUCUUCUUGCACCUUGGAGAAUGCCUCUAUUCGCCGGGAAUGGAGCGACCUCUCCAUCGCCGAGCGCGAGGACUACAUCUCGGCUGUGCAGUGCCUGCAGCGCCUCCCUCCCAAGACGCCCUCCAGCGUCUCCCCUGGCGCGCGCUCCCGCUUCGACGACUUCUUGACCGUCCACAUCCAGCAGACGCCGUCCAUCCACAACACGGCCAACUUCCUGGGCUGGCACAGGUACUACGUGUGGCAGUACGAAAAGGCCCUGCGCGAGGAGUGCGGCUACAAGGGAUUCCAGCCCUACUGGAACUGGAACCGCGAGGUCGCCGACCCGACCAAGUCGGCUAUGUUCAACGGCAACGCCACCAGCCUGAGUGGCAACUCGCCCAGCAGCGGCGCCUGCGUCACCUCGGGUCCCUUCAAGGACAUGGCCGUCAACCUCGGCCCCGGCGCCAGCCUCAAAUACAACCCCAGGUGCCUGAAGCGCGACAUCAGCGCCAGCCAGGCCCAGGCCUGCACCGCCGACAAGACCCUGUCCCUGAUCAAGAACAGCCCCACCAUCGGCCGCUUCCAGGACACCAUGCAGGGCAUCCCGGGUGUGCACGCCGGUGGUCACUUUACCAUCGGCGGCGACCCUGGCAGUGACAUCUACUCCUCUGCCGGAGACCCUGCCUUCUACUUCCACCACGCCAUGAUCGACCGUGUCUGGUGGCUGUGGCAGCUGCAGGACCUCGAGACCCGCUUGAGCGCCGUCGAUGGAAACAAUGGUGGCCGCAAGGGUACCGUCAACGACGAGACGAACCUGGGUGCCGUUGGCGGAUCGGUCAAGCUCGGCGACCUGCUCAACACCAUGGGCGGCAAGGGCGGCGAGUUCUGCUACAUUUACGUGUAGAAAGAAACCCCGCUGUUGUGGACUUGGUUGGCAUGAAACAAAAAGCCCUUUACUCGGAUAUAAUAUUAAUUCUAGUUCUUAAUCAAAAGCAAGCAAAAGAAAUUAUUAUGUUACCAUUCCCGGAUCGUCUUGUGACUCUGGUCUACCUGUAUAUUCUUCUUCGCAUGGGCUGGUUUUGUCAUGAAUAACCUCAAAACAUAUAAAAUAGUCAAAAUCACAGAGGAUUAUGGACAAUGAUAUUCUCAUUGGA